AUGAUAGGACCUGAGAUAGUGGAGGAGACCACAGAGAAGAUUAAGUUCAUAAGGGACAAGAUGAAAGAAGCACAAGAUCGCCACAAGUCCUAUGCGGACAGAAGGAGGAAACAUGUGGAGUUUGAGGUGGAUGAGAUGGUUUAUCUCAAGAUGAUCACUUUCAGAGGAUGGAAAAGGGUGCCUGGCCGAAGGAAGCUAGAUACGAGGUACUUGGGUCCUUUCCGGAUUAUAGAACGAGUUGGGGUGGUGGCUUACAUGCUGAACCUACCAAUAGAAAUGGAAGCAUUUCACAAUGUGUUCCAUGUGUCUCAGUUAAGGAAAUGUCUUUCAGAUCAGGACAUUAUCAUUCCAGAGAUUCCGUCCGAUCUAGGCACGAACCUCACCUUAGAGACAAGGCCGGUUUGGGUUGUAGACAGAAUGGAGAAAGCAAUGAGACGUAAGACAAUAGAGAUGGUCAAGGUGAUUUGGGAUUGCAGUGGACAAGAGCAAGUCACUUGGGAGACCGAGGCAAGAAUGAAGGAUGAUUUUCCCGAAUGGUCAGAUUUGGGAUUAAGAUAUGGCCGGUUCAGAUUGAUUGAGACAAUGGGUGGGAUCUCUCUUGAUUGGUCUGGCCGUGUGUUAGUUGGGUGUUAUGGGAAUCCUAGGAUCAGACCAGGACCGUGGCAAGGCCAAGGCACCAUGAAGACCUUAGCCGUGGAUGGAUGUGUG